AUGUCUGUUCCUAUGGAUAAUUAUAUUGAUAACACCUUAACGAAAAGACGUAGUUUAAUAGAGGAAAACUUUAAAGCAGAAGGAAAGGUAUGCCCUUUAUGUCAUAAGAAGUUAAAUCAUCACAUUUUAAUUAAACAUGUUUACUCGAGUUUCAAUUACAACAAUCUAAAUCAAUAUCGAUCAUCAUAUAAACGACCACAUUAUGAAUUAUAUUUAGAUGAAAUCAAUUCUGAUAAAUACAAGAACAACAGUGAUAGCAACAACAAUUUUAGCAACAACAAUAAUAGCAACAAAAAUAUUAGGAACAACAAUAGCACACACAAGUCCCAUAAUGAACCUCUUUCAUCACCAUUACCAUCACAAAUUAAGAUUAAGGAGGAGCCAACCAUACCUGGCUAUGAAGUCGACAAACCAGCUGCAUGUCUUUGUAACCAAGUAAUAGCCUACUCUUCUAAUGUUGACGGAUUAACUCCAAAGUCUCCAAAGUCACACAAUUCAAAAUCUAAAACAUCAACCAAGACAAAGGCAACAGAGAUCACCAAGUCUAAGGCCACUACCAAAAGAGCUAAGGUUAUUGAAGAAGAGGAGGAACAUGAGGAUCUGGAGGAGCAUGAGGAUCUGGAGGAGUAUGAGGAACCAGUGGAACAUGAGGAACCGGAAGAACAAGACACGGCCGUGGAGGAAGUUCAAAUAUCAAAAAGACAAAAGAUCACCAAAGCUGCAACUGCUAAAUCACCAGCUAAAGCUGCAACUGCUAAAUCACCAGCGAGAGAAGAACAAACUAAACGCAUCACCAGAGUUUUAUCUUUAUUAUUUACUCGUGGAAAGUGCUGGAUAUCAAAUUGUGUAAACAAUGGAAUUAGACUUUCGGAAAUAGCAAGAAAGGAUGUCAUUCCUCCAGAUAUAGAUAUUAGAAUGAGGUCAGGGGAAACCAUUGUAGAUCCAAAUGGCAAUGAGAAAUGCAUUACAGUAAAGGAUCAAAGUUAA